AAUAUACAAAUUAUACAGCUGGAAGUUCACAUCCAGGAGGACAGUCAAGAUCUCAAAAUGCCCACAGAAAUCAGUCCAGAUCACCAUCUUUCAUAUGAUGAUGUUGUAAAACUUACAAAAGCGAAACAAAUUUAUUUGAUCGAUGUUCGAGAACCCCAAGAGCUAAAAGAAACUGGCGAACUUCCUGAGAGUGUUAACAUUCCUCUGAAAGAUGUGUCCAAGGCUUUAGGAGAGCUUUCAGACAGCGAGUUUCAAAAGAAAUAUAAUGCAACAAAACCUGGUCUAGAUGCACCUCUCAUAUUUUCUUGCCGUGCUGGAGGAAGGAGCCUGAAAGCAUUGCAAACAGCUCUAGAGCUUGGGUAUACAAAGGCAAAGCACUACAAAGGUGGUUUCAUGGACUGGGAACAGCACACAAAAUCAAAGAAUUCAUAGAUAAGUGCAAUACUUAGAGCAACAAAAAUUUUUUGUAGCACUUCAACAGAAUAAAAUGUGAUGCUGUGUCUCCAUUUCAGUGCAGAACCAGAUGUUAUACCCCUCAUGACACCUGGAACAGAAGAUUUUUUUAAAAAAAGUUUACUGCAAUAUGCUAUGCAUUAAUGAACGUAUGUUUGUUUAUAUAAUGAUAGCUCUUAUACCAGUAAUACAAUUUUUACAAGGUUUUAUGUAAAAUGACAUUAAAAAAGUAUACAAUUAUUUUUUAUUUUUUUACAAUGCAAUUUUGGGGCUUAUGCCUUCAUGUAACUAAAGUUUUUACUAGCUUGCUAUAUUUUGUCUCUGCUGAUCUUGUAAGGAUUUUCUGCAGCUUAUGGUUUUAGAAUUUGCGAAUUUCAGACAAUUUGCAUGUCAUAGGCCAGAGUUAUACAUGGCAGUAGAAUUCUAGUGCUCAAGAGGAUGGCUUUUAGAAAUUUCAGAGUGAUUUUGUCAAACAACUAUUCCCUGUAGUGAUAUUAUAUUACCUUGCUUUAAGACUA